UCUCUCUCACUCUCUCGCUCUUUUGCUCGGUCGCUCGCUCCUUUGGCAUCACGAUGGUCGAUGGAUAUCCGCCCUUGUAGUUGUAGAAGCUCCUUCCGAAUCCCUCCUCUUCGCCCUCGCUAUCCUCUUCCUCAAUUGCGGAGAGGUGAUUCCGUAGAUCGGGGUGGCCUUCGUUGUCUCCGUUAAUGGCGGAUCUGGUCGAACCCUACUGUUUUUCGCUUGGAUUCGUCGGCUCCCUGUAGCUACGAAGCGGUGGUGAGGAGCUAGGGUUGUCGUCUUGCUGUGCGGGGUCGGGGCGGUGGAUGGAUCAGAGGACGAUUAUGGAGCAGCGGAACCUGAGCCGUGCGAUGAGCUUUGGGGGGAUCCCGGACCUGGCCCUGGAGUGCGUGAUGGGGCACCUCGAUGAGCCGCAGGACCGCGACGCGGUGUCGCGCGUGUGCCGCAAGUGGCACCGGGUCGACGCGCUGACGCGGAAGCACGUCACCGUCGCCAUAUGCUACUCGGCGGCGCCGGAGCACCUCCGCCGCCGCUUCCCCCGCCUCGAGUCGCUCAAGCUCAAGGGGAAGCCCCGCGCCGCCAUGUUCAACCUCAUCCCCGAGGAUUGGGGGGGCUCUGCGGGGCCCUGGAUCGCCGAGAUCGCCGACUCCUUCGAGUGCCUCAAGGCGCUCCAUCUGCGCCGGAUGAUCGUCAGGGACGAGGACAUAGCCCUGCUCGUGAGAGCGCGGGGACACAUGCUCCAGUCCCUCAAGCUCGACAAGUGCUCAGGCUUCUCCACCAACGGGCUCAAGCUACUAGCCCGAUCUUGCAGAUGCCUUAGAACUCUAUUCCUGGAAGAAAGCUUAAUAACCGAACACAAUGGUGAAUGGCUCCAUGAGCUUGCUACUAAUAAUUGCGUGCUGGAGAACUUGAAUUUUUACAACACAGAUCUCAAGAACAUCUCACUGCGGGACCUGGAGCUACUUGCUAGCAACUGUAGGUCAUUGGUUUCCUUGAAGAUCAACGACUCUGAUAUCUCCGAUCUAGUUGGUGUUUUUCGAGCAGCGACAGUAUUAGAAGAGUUUGGUGGGGGUUCAUUUAAUGAACAAGGAGAAGCCAAUCGGUAUGAGAGAGUAACAUUUCCUUCAAGGCUAUGCUCCUUAAGUCUUAUGUUCAUGGGUACUAACGAGAUGCCUACAAUUUUUUCACUUUGUGCUGCACUGAAGAGACUGGACCUACAAUUCACAUUCCUCAGCACGGAGGAUCAUUGCCAACUAAUUCAACGGUGUCCCAAUCUAGAAAUUCUUGAGGUAAGGAAUGUGAUUGGAGAUAGAGGACUAGAAGUCGUUGCACAGACGUGUAAGAAACUACGAAGGCUCAGAAUAGAGAGAGGGGAUGAUGAGCAGGGUCUCGAAGAUGAGCAAGGUAUGGUUUCACAAGUAGGCCUCUCAACUAUAGCUCUUGGCUGCCCUGAACUGGAGUACCUGGCAGUAUACGUCUCUGACAUCACCAAUGCAGCUCUUGAAUCCAUUGGAACCUUCAGUAAGAACCUUCGCGACUUUCGACUCGUCUUGCUCGAAAGAGAAGAAAGGAUUACUGAAUUACCGCUCGACAACGGAGUCCGUGCUCUAUUAAGUGGUUGCACUAAUCUCCGUAGAUUCGCUUUUUACUUGAGACCUGGAGGUCUUUCAGAUAGAGGUCUUGGUUACAUUGGAGAAUACAGCAGAAACAUAAGUUAUAUGCUGCUGGGCAAUGUUGGUGAAUCUGAUCUUGGACUGCUCCUAUUUGCGAGAGGUUGUGUAAAAUUACAGAAGUUGGAAUUAAGGGGCUGUAGCUUUAGCGAGCACGCUUUGGCACUCGCAGUAUUGCAACUGCCUUCUUUGAGAUACUUAUGGGUGCAAGGUUACAAGGCUUCCUUGACCGGCCGUGACCUACUGGCCAUGGUUCGGCCCUUUUGGAAUAUCGAAUUCAUUCCUCCGAGCCCGGAGAUUGUUGCUCAUGGGGUGGAUGAUCGGCCAGCUGGCGCAGAGAGCCAGGCUCAGAUACUUGCGUACUACUCCCUAGCUGGAAAGAGGCUAGAUUGCCCAGAAUCUGUGAUCCCUUUGUAUCCGGCAUGAGUGUACAUAAAUUAUAAGCCGUGUAUCCUGUUUGGAUCAGGUUAGCAGCGUGGCUUGUAAUAGACUGCUUUUCUUGUUUUCUGUCUCAGAAAGAGAUGCGUUGGGCCGCAAAACUCUCUAUCGGCCUCCAUGAAUAGGAAAUUGAAGCUGUAGAUUAGUUCAGUCACAAUCAGUAUAUGAUAUUGCCUUCGCUUGCAAAUCAGAUGGUGGAUAACGUGCUUCCGGAAUUGAGAUCUCCAUUGGUAGAUGUAUCGGCAAAACUCUCAGCUGGUUGCUUGCAAGCUCAACGCUAAUCCAGAAGGCUGUCUGCCAAGGGAGCUGCUGGGAUAUAUAUAUUUAUAUGGCUGGUAACUGUUUGAGUGGUACUGUACAACUGGUAACCUAUAUGACCUUGAAAUUUCUUUUCUUUUUUGGGUGUAAUAGUAUUGGCUUAGGUACAUGUUAUGUAUUACGCUCUAUCGAGAAUGAUUGGUCUUGUCUUCACAAGUUCUGUCAUCCUCACGCAAAGUUUGGCCAUAGACGACUAUUUUUGGAUUCUGUUAUGGGAAUUAUGUGGAAAUUAGAUGCUAGAGUAAUCUUUAGAGAUGCCUGUCUA